CCUGUUGCGUUCGAGAUUCGAUGCUGGCACAAACAGCAGCAUCUGAAAAAGCAGAAAAAACACUAAACUCAGCCGUACCAGCAGCAACAGUUUCAGAUUCCGAAUCAGUUGCCGUUUCGCGACGCGGCGCGUGAAUACAUAAAAUAAAUUAGAAAAAGAUAAAUAAGCCACAAAAGCGGUUAAAUCUCACACACACAAACACACUCGCGAAAUAUCUCGAUCGUCAUAAAUCAAUCCGUCGAGUGCGUUUCAGAUCCACCGAAAUUAGGGGCAAUUACCACUGAUAAGAAUGAUGAAAGCCACAGCGUGGUUUUGUCCGGUGUUAUUAACUUUACUGUGUGCCACAAGGCUCGUCUGCACGGCCCAGCGGGGAGGAGCCGGAGGAGGGGCAGGAGGAGGAUCAGGAGGAGCUGAGGUCGGCGGAAGCGGCCGCACAAACGGAUAUCCUCUGGACUACCCUGAUGUACGGAACACACAGGAUGACUUUAUACUGGCCAAGCGAAACAAACCGUCGCUGUCCAUUGUCAAUCCCCUGGAUGUGCUGCGUCAGCGGCUGCUCCUGGAAAUCGCACGCAGGCAAAUGAAGGAGAACUCCCGCCAGGUCGAACUGAAUCGCGCCAUCCUGAAGAACGUGGGCAAGCGAGUCCUGCUGCGAGGAGUCGUAUCCGGAUCCGGAUCCCCCAAGGUCAGCAGGCGGUACCGCCAGCAGCAGUGGCCAGUCGAGCGGGAACUGGAACUGGAGCGGGAGCGGGAACGGGAACGGGAUGGGGAUGCGGAGCCGGAGGAGCAGCUGGGCCGUCAACAGCUGCUGCCCUGGAAGCAUUUCCCCAGCCAACUGUGGAGCUACGGUUGGGCCCGGUCCCCGUACACGGCGUCGUCACAGUUUGCGGAUUCCCUGCAAUCAACAUCCAUUCGACCACAAUCCCAGGCACUCCCAGGUCAGCAGUUGCUCAGCUAUGCGAAGAACUCUCUGGACGUGGCCGGAAUGGGUCUGGCCAGGCAUCGGGUCAACGGAAAUGAAGCCAACGAAACAAAUCAUGAACAUGAAAACGUGAAUGAGAACGAGAAUGAAAAUGAAAACGACGACGGCAGUAAAAACCCGGCGAGAUAUGUGGAUGACGACGAGGAGAACGACAAUGACGUGGGUCCGGAGGGAUUGGGUGUGGGUGUGGGACUGGGUUUGGGACAGGGGCUGGGUCUGGGUCUGGGUCUGGAGAGGUUCGAUGUGUUCGAGGGCAAGCCCAACUGGGCCAACGAGGAACCGAACGAGGUGGGUCGGUCCGUGGUCAAUGCAAAUGACCGCCUGCCCUGGCCAUUUCCCUACCGCUCUCACAAAAGCCAGCAUAAUGUUAAUUAAGUAAGUGGGGAUUGAGAUGCAGCUACAGAUACAGAUACAGAUACGGAUACUGAUAUAGCUAAAGAUACAAAUACAGAUACGGAUACAGUUAAAUAUACCGAUACGGAUAGAAGGAUAGGGGCACCCGACAGCUUGGUGCUGCUAGGCGGUUAUUAAUGAAAAUCGACGGUUCCUAAUGAAUGGCUGGCUACAAGGCAGGCAUGUUGUGUGUGCACAUACUCCCUUGAUGACAAACUUACUCCCACGUUGCUAGAUGUAUUCGCAUUUGAACUCUAUUUUAUCGAAAAUAACCAACGGUGUAUGUAACGAUUUAUGCUACCUCUCACAGAUACUGUUGAAUAUAAAGACCUCCCUCCCCACGAUUACACACACGAUUGAUGUCAAACAUACUUUUACUAGAUCGAAAACACUCCUACUAAAAUACACCAACGAUAUAGCGAACAAAACUCCAAAGAUUUAUAAACGUAAAUGCAUGCGUAAUUGAUAGUGAUCUAUGUGUAAUUUUAAUAAUUAUUUUAAUGAUUAACGUUAAUCAAUUGCAUGCAAUAUUGACCUGUCUAACGAGAUUUUCAUGUUUUUAUUCGUGUAAGCAAAAACUGUGCAUCUCUUAUUUACUUAACUUAAAUAAUAAUUGUGGUUUACAUUCUCCGCGGGCGGAAAUCGGUUUUUAUGUUUGCUCCGUUGUGCUUAAACUUGUAUAAAAAAUGCUCAAAUAGAAUUAACAUAACGCAGAUACUAUUUACAUGUUCUUUUUGUCAACGCUUGCAUUUGGUCACUAUUACAUUUACGUUGUUGAAGGGUUCAAGUUUUAAGAUAUUAAGCGAAAAAUGGUUCCAAAUCAUACGAAUAACGAUUUUAAAGUCAGCCCCAAAUUACCCAAGCAAGUACUUCGAUACAUGAAUACGCCACGUGUUGUGUAGAUUAACAAGGAAUUUACCGAGCAAAUUAACCAUUUAAUAGUUACGUUCUGUACAUUAAUAAGUUUAAUACAAAUUAAUUUCUAUAUGUGUAUGUAAAUAAAAAUCUUUUUCAAAAAAGCUAAACUAAUGAAAUUCCAAAAAAAGAAAUCAAACGAAAUUAUAUAUUAUACAAAAUUAUAUGUAUGUACGGAUAUACUUAUUAAAAAAUAAAAUCAUGAGGCAUUGACAUGACAUUCAAUUAUAAA